AUGUGCCCGCCCCAGGCCCAGGCAGAGGUGGGUUCCACCAUGACUGAGAAGGCAGAGAUGGUGUGUGCCCCCAGCCCAGUGCCUGCCCCGCCCCCUAAGCGUGCCUCACCUGGGCCUCCACAGGUGGAGGAGAUGGGUCAUCGAUGCUCCUCACCCCCCAGGCUGCCCCCUGGCGUGCCAGUGAUCAGCCUGGGCCACACCAGGCCCCCAGGGGCAGCCAUGCCCACCACGGAGCUGAGUGCCCUGCGGCCCCCUGUGCUACAACUCUCCACCCUGGGAACUGCCCCACCCACCUUGGCCCUGCACUACCACCCUCACCCCUUCCUCAACAGCGUCUACAUUGGGCCAGCAGGACCUUUCAGCAUCUUCCCUAGCAGCCGGCUGAAGCGGAGACCAAGUCACUGUGAGCUGGACCUGGCUGAGGGGCACCAGCCCCAGAAGGUGGCCCGGCGCGUGUUCACCAACAGCCGCGAGCGCUGGCGGCAGCAGAACGUUAACGGCGCCUUCGCCGAGCUCAGGAAGCUGCUGCCGACGCACCCGCCCGACCGGAAGCUCAGCAAGAACGAGGUGCUCCGCCUCGCCAUGAAAUACAUCGGCUUCCUGGUGCGGCUUCUGCGCGACCAAGCAGCGGCGCUGGCCGCAGGCCCCACCCCGCCAGGGCCUCGGAAACGGCCAGCUCACCGAGGCCCAGAUGACGGCGCCCGCCGUGGGUCCGGACGCAGGGCCGAGGCGGCAGCGCGCUCGCAGCCCGCGCCCCCGGCCGACCCCGACGGCAGCCCUAGUGGGGCGGCGCGGCCCAUCAAGAUGGAGCAAGCAGCUUUGAGUCCGGAGGUGCGGUGA